AUGCGGUCUUUCUUCCAUAGACGUAAGGCAGAGGCCCAGCCAGCUUCGGCGGAUGAAUUGCUGGUAGAGCAGCUACAAGAGAGAAAGGCUCAGGUGCUGCCAUGGAUUGAGUCUCCGGUGAAAGCCCAUGACGGUGACCUUACGUUCCACCUGCGACAUGAGGCCAACUCCGUGGAGCUAUUUUUCGAUCUCUUCUUUGUUGCGAAUCUAGCCACCUUCACCGCGUACCACGCCAUCGUAGAUAUCGACGCCCUCCUGGCUUAUAUUGGACUGUUUGGAAUCAUCUGGGCCACCUGGUUCCAAGUCACUCUACACGAUGUCAGAUUCGCCAUCGACUCUGUCUACGAACGGGCAUGCAAGGUCAUCCAGUUCAUGGUCAUGAUCGGCUUUGCCCUAGUCGGAUCCGCAUUUGCACCUGGCGGGAAGAAGCAAAACAACAAGAAUUUCAAAAUCCUGUGCUGGCUACUUUUCACUAGUCGCGCUCUCCUUGCUAUCCAGUAUAUCGCCGUCCUGGUCUUCAGCUUGCAGAAGACCAAGAAGCUGGUACUGCCUAUAGUGCUCAACACUGCCUCCUUUGUUCUUGCCGCUGGAGCCUUCAUUGCCAUGACCCCUGCUUUCGCGGCGGCAACUGGCGAUGGAUGGACCAUCUACUAUGUUUGGUACAUCGUUCUGUUCGCAGAAUCUGCGGCCGUCAUUGGCGUCUCGAGUAUUUGGAGAACUCUCUCCUUCAAAAAAACCCACCUUGUGGAGCGUAUGGGCCUGCUCACCCUCAUCGUUAUCGGUGAGGGCGCGAUUGGCGUCACAAAAACUGUGGGCAAAUUGAUGGGUAAGGGUAUUAAUUUCGAAGGUUGCGCUCUUGUUCUUUGCAUCAUUCUUAUCUUGGUAUUCCUCUGGAUGCUUUACUUUGACAACCAUCCACAUGGUCAUUAUGGAACUGUCCGAGAACAGCUCUGGGCCUGCCUUCACUUCCCGCUGCACCUUGCCAUCGUUGGAGUUGUUGAAGGCUCCCAGCAAAUUGCGCUCGCCCGCUACGUCUUCAAGAACAUUGAUCAGUUCCGGGCCGAUAUAUACAUUGCUUGCGCUGAACAACGUCUCGAGGGUAAGAUGCUUGUCGAUGCUCUUACCAAGGCGGUAGACAACUUCCAGCUGGACAAGAAGGUGGAAAGCCAGGCUCAGGUUGCUGUUAUCAAGAAGUCGAUUACUGCUCUCGGCGCGCAAGCUGGUAUCUGUUCGGGCGCAACCGUGUCGACCUUCGACACACGCAAAGACGUCAUCCCAGGAUUUGGAAACGUUAUGAGAGACCUCAUUGGUGGACUUUUCCAAGCCAAUGGAGCCAAGCUACCGAAUGGCACGGAACCCGCUGAACUGGCUAUCAACUCUUUCACGACCGUCUACAUCUACUUCUGGUGCUCGGUCCUCGUCGUCAUCGCCUGCUUCCUCAGCUUCAUCUGGCUGACACGCCACCACGGUCGCCGCACUGACAUCUUCGACCGAUUUGCAAUUGGCGGCCGCACCACGAUGUUGUUGCUCUCGACGGCGUUCAUCGUACUGUUCCGGCAGCAGGACUUCAUGUACUACUUCAUCGAGAAUGGAUCGCUCUUGCCGGCGUUCGUUGGCAUGCUCUUCACUAUCGUCUGCUGCGACCGACUUGGCCGCUUGCAGAGCGCGAAGGCACUCAAGAAGUAUGUCGGACUGGGCGAGAUCGAGAUGCAGUCCUCAGACCGUGACUCGAAGGAGCAAGUUGCUGUUGCCUCACACGAGGUCCACCAUUGA